AUGCUGCAGCGCCAACAGCUGGAGCAGAUGCGUUUGGUACAGCUCCAACAGCAGCAACUCCAGAUGCAGCAGCAGCUCCGUCAACAGCAGCAGCAACAGCAUCAGCAGCACCUGCUGCAGCAGUCUUUCCAUGGAGGGGCGCAGGCUCAUAAUGCAGCCAGGUGCGGGCACCCAGCUGCUAAAGGGAGUGUUGCCGUCUCGGGGUUUAGGGUGCAGGAGCGCCAAACCACUGUCAUGCUGCGGAACCUGCCGCAGGGGUACAGUCGAGACAUGCUUGUGGAGUUGAUGAAUCGAAAUGGUUUCCACGCUUGUUUCGACUUCGUCUACAUUCCAAUCAAUUUUCGAUCUCAGGCCAUGUUUGGCUACGCUUUUGUCAACUUUGUGGAUGAAGCCCAAGCCCUCCGAGCUCGAGAUGCCUUUGAAGGAUUCACGAACUGGGGCGUGGAGACAGACAAGAUUUGUGAAGUUUCUUGGAGCGAUAUGCACCAGGGCUUGAUGGCCCAUGUGAAUCGCUAUCGGAGUAGUCCUGUCAUGCACGAGUCCGUGCCAGACGAGUACAAGCCAGCUGUGUAUUCUCAGGGCAGACGAGUCCCCUUCCCGGCGCCAACGAAGCGCAUCCGAGUGCCUCGCAUCCGGCGAGGCCCAGAAGGUGCGCAGGGAGAGGACGGUGACGAUGGUGAAGGAUCCGAAGGCGUUUCUAUAUGCAUUGCCUCGGCAGAUGUGGCAAUGCAGGCUGUAGAUGAAAUUCCUCAUCCGGAGAUGACGAUGGCCUUGCAGGAGUGGAUGCGGCCGAGGGCUGAGUCUAGCAAUACACCUCCCGGCACCAAGGAUGAGGGCCUUUUUGCGGCCUUCCGAGAUCCCGCCGUGCCCGCCAAUUUUAAGCUCCAUCCACUGCAGAUUCUGACUGCUGCUUGGUGGGUUUUCACAGUGAGCUCGAUCACGGAAGCAGCCAAGGUGUGCAAGCAUGUCGUGUCCAUGCUGUUUCCCCCACCCCUCCUCCCCCGGAAAACCUGGGAAUCUUUGGGACGCCUCAGUGGCGGCUUCCAAGCGACUGGUAUCAGGGGGAUGCACUAUCAUGUUCCAUGUACGACAGCUUCCAUGCAAUUCAUUAUGCAAGUGCUUGAACGAUUGGUCGGUAAGUCACACUGCCUCGGCGCCCACAUAGACUAG